AUGUUUGAUCAGGCCACGAGUAUGGGCGAUGGAAUCGCUGAGGAUCGAAACCACUGUGAAUCCAAUUCGUUGUGCCGUGACCGAGACAGAGACUUCCAAAGCCGGAAUGAAGUGGGGAACCGGUCACCUGUGCAGAGCUCCGCAGACACACCGGGGACAUCGGCAUCCACACCGACUUCAUCCAGCGAGGAUGGACACGAUAAACUUUUAGGAGUGGAUCCGGACUACUGUCGAAGAAUUCUAGUCAGAGACGCCAAGGGCACUAUUCGGGAGAUUGUUCUGCCAAAAGGCCUCGACCUAGACCGGCCGAAACGCACGCGGACCUCCUUCACGGCGGAGCAGCUCUACCGGCUGGAGCUUGAGUUCCAGCGAUGUCAGUAUGUGGUCGGCCGCGAACGCACGGAGCUUGCCAGACAGCUGAAUCUUUCAGAAACUCAGGUGAAAGUGUGGUUCCAAAAUCGUCGCACCAAACAGAAGAAGGACCAGACCAAGGACACUGACAAGCGUUUGUCGUCCACCUCCGAAUCCCUCGCCACAUGCAACAUCUUGCGCCUCCUGGAGCAGGGGCGUCUUCUGUCCGUGCCCGCACCUCCACCUAACCCGCUGCUGGCUCACCCACACCCAGGCAAUGGCUCUCUCCUCAGUAGCGCAUCUUUAUCCUCUUCACACGGGGUGAGUAGUACCACUUCACCUCCUGGGGCCGUGGCGGGAGGGGGUGGGACUUUUGGACUGACACUGUCUUCUUUAGGAGGCACUCCGCCCUCACCACGCCUGGGGGUUCCACCGCCCUCCCUUUGCUUUACCAUGCCUCUCUUAAGUUGCACCCAUCAUGAACUGCCAUCUGGAUAUGGGUGUGGAUCCUCAGCAUUUGAGCCCUACACAAGAAUAGAAAGGAAGGAUGGAGAGUUAGGUGGGAAGAAGACAGUUUCCUAA